AUGAGGCAGAUGGUUGAAGAAUCAGUGGAAGACAAGGUUACAAGUGAAGGAGAAGAAGAUACACUUUCUCUAUGUGAUUUGCCCAUUUACAGUAAUAGUUUUGAUGUCGAGGAGCUGCAACAUAAUUGUUCAACAAUUAUAUCACCUACAGAGUUUGAGUUCUUUAGUGAAGAAUUGACCAAGAAUCAUCUUCCUGAAAACAUCAUCUUCUGUGGAAAACUAAUUCCUUCCAGAAAACCCAAUAUCUCUGAACAAAAUCCAAGAAAGCAGAAAAAAUGGUACUCCCACUUUCAGUGUAUCAUCUCUCUUCCAUUUUACAAAACAAAGAGCAACAGUUCAAGAAAAAGAGAUAGUGUUGCUUUAUCCAUGAAGGAACAAGUAAGUAAUGUUUCAGCUACAAGCGAUAAUAAAAUCAUGUCAUCAUUAUCAUCAUCAUCAUCAGGGAGGAGUAGGUCAAGAUGGUACUUAUUCUUGUUUGGGAUAUCAAAACUUCCAAGUCAUCAUCAUGAGAUGGAUCUAAGUGACUUAAGGAAUAGGAGUAGUCGUCGACAAAUUAAGUCAUCGAUUUCGUCUUCAUCUUCCUUGUCUAUCGAAAAUGGUGAUGGUGAUGGAGGGAGAGAUUUUUGGUGGGUUGUUAGGGGGUUGAGUUGUGGCGGCAGCCACCAUGCACAGGCGAUGGUCAAUGCCUCUAUUGGUUGCCUCAACAUUACAAAAAUGUGA